AUGGCAGAAGACCACGACAAUCGAAAAUGGCACGUAUUAAGCAGGCUAAAAGCCGUUGUUAAAAAGGUUACUUUUCUCAUGAACUCAAACGUAAACCGAUGGCGGAUCGUUUCUGCUUUCACGGGCCGUGUUGGUGGUUGUAGGCGGCUGAGCUUCGGUGAAGGGUUAGGGUUGACCGCAAUCAUGUCAUCCUCAGAUGACGAUGAAGAAAAUAAUAAUAUAGGGUUUGGUGAUACGGGUUCUUCUUCUUCUUCGUCGUUUCCGGAGUUGAAUAAGAGUAAAAGCUUUCGUGUAGAUAGAACCAAGAGUUUCCGUGAAGAAGAAGAUAUUGAUAAGAGAGCUGAGAUGUUUAUUGACAACUUUUAUAGACAGUUACGGUAUCAGAAACAGGUUUCGUUAGAAUUAAGGUAUGCAAGAAACCGUAGUUUUGAAUCAUCUGAUUCUAGUUCCAUCUCUUUUUCGCCGUGA